AUGGAUUCGGUAUAUCGAGGAUUACAUUACAGCAAUUGGGAAAGUGUCGCAGUACCUAUUUGUGUAAGACGCAGUCGACUUCAAUCGAUACCAAGGAUGCCUCCAAAGCGGGCACCCAAUUCCAAGCUCCACCAACUUGCUGUGGAAUUGCCGCUGAACACAAUUAUUUCGGAUUCUACCACAAAGAAACAAUACUGUGUAGGACGUCAAUUUGCUACUGGUGGAUUUGGGAGGAUUUAUACAUGCACUGAGGUUGGAUCUAAGACUGAACUGGUGGUCAAAGUCGAACCGUACGGAAAUGGACCGCUGUUUACAGAAAUGAACGUUUUCAUUCGAAUUUUGAAAAAAGAGCAAAUUGAAGAGUUCAUGAAAUCACGAAAUCUUAAACGCUUGGGAGUGCCAAAGAUAAUCUCCUGUGGAAUUUACACACAUGGAAAGGAUAAGCUGCGCUUUCUUGUAAUUCCCAAAUACGCAACCUCUUUGGAAGCUAUUCGAGAGAAAUCAAAGACUUUAUCUGCACGUGAUGUUUGGGCUGUUACACGAUCUAUUCUUGAGAGCCUCGAAUAUAUCCACGACAAAAACUAUACUCAUGCUGAUAUCAAAGCGGCGAACAUACUUCUUGAACGUACCGGAGACUUUACAUCAAGCGUGCUCGUGGAUUUUGGUUUAGCUCGAUUAUCAUCCAGCAAUGAGGACAAACCAGAUAAAAAAAGAGCUCACAACGGUACUGCAAUCUUCACUUCGUGCGAUGCUCAUCGUGGGUGUCAUCCUUCAUAUCGGGGAGAUCUAGAAAUACUUGCUUAUAACAUUUUGUACUGGCUCAACGGCUCUUUGCCGUGGGAGGCUUUUGAGGCAAAUCCAAGUAAAAUAUACGAAUUAAAGCAGGCAUUUUUGAACGAUCUGACAGGGAACUUGAAGAAAUUGCUUCAGAAUAAUCUGGAGUCAGUUGCUCCUCUGCAGGAAAUAUUUUCAAUAGCAUGCAAAACUGGGUAUUCAGAACAUCUCGUUUUUCCCAAGUUGUACAAGAUUGCCGAUGAAGCAUUGAAGCGUGUUGGAGCUACUGGUCAUAAGCGCAUUGCAAAAGAAUGUGCGGGCGAUGUUGUAGAGUCUAAGAAGAAGAAAAUGUCGAGUCGCGACAAACAAGCAACGUCGUCAAAAGGACGAAGAACCGGUAAAGAGGAGGAGAAGUCUGAAGAUAGUGUGGAAGUCGUUGCACCACCAACACCACGCCUGGUCCGUUUUAGAAAGAAAGUUGCUCCUACUCCCACAACCUCCGCCACAAUUCCUGAACCGAGGCGGUCACCGAGAGCUAGAGAUCGAGCUGCUGAAUCAUCGCUAUCAUCACAGGCACAACUUGCACGUCGUAAGCGACGUACUUUGCUUGUUUUAUUUGAUUGGAUGUAUGAUUUGUGUAGCAGAACAUUGUUUUGGUUAAUAUCAGAAACUCCUAGUGUUGCGGCACGAGACCGUCGACGCGCUGCAAUUAAAGCGCAUUCUGCGGAAAUAUCAGCAAGAUUGCCUUCUGGAGAAGUUAUCCCAGGACUCUCGGUUCGUCGAGCUCCAUGCUCUCAGUUGGAUGUAGAGUCAAACGUGCCUAGUGGUGAUACUAAUGGGACCCCAACAGAGAAGAAUAGAAAAAGACCAGGAGCGAGAGUUUCUUCCGAUGUCAAACGCAGCCCUACCAAAUUGCGUAAAAUACCAGGAAUGCUGAAUUUUCAACGCGGUCGACGGUCGAUUAUUAUUGAUCAGAUCACGAAGAAGUACCAAAAAAUCGCUGAAAAGAAGCGUCGUUCUCGGGAAGUUAAUGAUGAGUAG